UGUGGUUAUGAAUUAUUCAGAAAUAGAGUCUAAGGUUCGAGAAGCAACCAAUGAUGAUCCAUGGGGACCUUCAGGGCAACUCAUGGGAGAGAUUGCCAAGGCUACGUUUAUGUAUGAACAGUUUCCAGAACUUAUGAACAUGCUUUGGACUCGAAUGCUGAAAGACAAUAAAAAGAACUGGAGGAGAGUUUAUAAGUCUUUGCUGCUCCUAGCUUACCUCAUAAGGAAUGGAUCAGAGCGUGUUGUUACAAGUGCCAGAGAACACAUUUAUGAUUUGCGAUCCCUGGAAAAUUACCACUUUGUAGAUGAAAAUGGCAAAGACCAAGGUAUAAACAUACGCCAGAAGGUAAAAGAAAUGGUUGAAUUUGCUCAAGAUGAUGAUCGACUUCGGGAAGAGAGGAAGAAAGCAAAGAAGAACAAAGACAAAUACAUUGGGGUUUCCUCGGACAGUGUUGGAGGGUUCAGAUACAGUGAAAGAUAUGAUCCUGAGCCCAAGUCAAAAUGGGAUGAAGAAUGGGAUAAAAAGCCAGCUUUUCCCUUCAGCGAUAAGUUAGGUGAACUAAGCGACAAAAUUGGCAGUACAAUUGAUGAUACCAUCAGCAAGUUCCGAAGGAAAGAUAGAGAAGACUCUCCAGAGAGGUGCAGUGACAGUGAUGAGGAAAAAUCACGAAGAGGUAAAUCUCCCAAAGCUGAAUUUAAAGAUGAAGAGGAGACUGUGACAACAAAACACAUUCAUAUUACACAAGCUACAGAAACUAGGACCACCAGGCACAAACGCACAGCAAAUCCUUCAAAAACCAUUGACUUGGGAGCAGCAGCACAUUAUACAGGGGAUAAAGCCAGUCCAGAACAGAAUGUUGCUGCUCAUACUGCACAGCCUACAGCAAAGGCUUCUGUACCCUCUGGCAGCAAGCUGCCUAAUGACCUGGUUGAUCUGUUGUUUGAUGGAGCUAGCCAGCCAGUCACAACAGAUGGAUCAACUGACCCAUUUGGAGGAUUUGCUGAUUUUAGUUCACCUGCUGCUUCAGCAAGUUUCCCAUCAUCGCAAGGUACGACAACAAGUGGAAAUGGAGACUUUGGUGACUGGAGUGCCUUCAACCAAGCUUCUCCUUGUCCCAGUGCUUCAUCUGGAGAGCUCUUGAGCAGCACAGGACAACAGCCAGCUAUAGAGCUCUUCAGUAGCUCACAGCCAGCUUCUACCCAGCCUCCAACUCCUUCAAAUUCUACUGAUCUUUUUGAUUUGAUGGGCCCCUCUCAGACAAGUCUGACCACCUCACCAAGUAUGAAUUUCUGUAUGAAUGCCAAUUCUGCAGGCAUCAGUUUACCCAUAUCAAGGUCACAGCCUCUGCAACUGGUGAACGCCAUGAUGCCGAAGACUAACCCUCUUUAUAAUCCAAGCACAGAGAUGGCCCAGAAGAAUGCGAGCAAAACUCUACCCUCAACUUGGUCAGAUCCCAGUGUAAACAUCAGUUUGGACAAUUUAGUACCUGGGAUGCAGCCUUCCAAACCCCAGCAGCCAACACUUAAUACCAUGAUGCAGCAACAAAAUAUGCAACAGCCUGUGAAUGUCAUGACUCAAAACUUUGCAGCCGUGAACCUCAGUUCUCAGCCUAACAUGAUGCCUGUUCGACCCCAGACAAGCCCACUGAUGGGAGGGCCCAUUCCUGUGGGGAUGGGAAUGUCCAGUGUGAUGUCAGGUACCAUGGGAAUGGCCUUCAUGGGACCCACGCCUGUGAUGAACCAGGGAAUGAUGGGAAUGAACAUGAACAUGGGAGUGCCAGCUACAGGAAUGGGUUUGACGGGCACAAUAGGAAUGGGUGUACCCAAUAUCACUAUGACCUCUCUGACUCCUGGGACAGUACAACCCAAGCAAGAUGCCUUUGCAAAUUUUGCCAAUUUUAGCAAAUAAAGAUUGUAAAAUAAAUAAAAUUAAAUACAAAUAAAAUAAAUGGGCAGACUGAAUGAAGGAUUUUUAGCUGCACAAAUAUAGCUGGGGAAGGGAUGGAAAACACUGAUCAAUGCUUUUUUUUUUUCUUUAUCAGUUAAAGUGUCUACGUAAAGAACCAAAAGCUAUUUUCUAAGUGUUGAAAUAACUAGUGUUCAAAUUCUGGAGAGGUGAAAGGUUCUUCUAAGGAACGUGUUAGGUGAUUUUGCAAAAUAAUUUGUAUCGAGACCAUCAAAAAACUUUCGUAUGGAGAAGAACCAAUUUUAACUUUGAGACUUGAUGGAAGACUGGAAUGGGGGUUUGGUAAAAAUGUUUGAAUCUAAUUUUAUACUUUUCUUUUUUCUUGAAGAGCUUGACUUUCUUUUCCCCCUCUCCCUGAUCACUUUGUCAUAAUUGGAUCAUUCCUUUUACUACCACUGAGUCCACAAUUGAAGUCACUCAAGUACUAUGAUCAGUUUUUUAUAAGAAUAUAUAUUUUUGUCCAGAAAUGGCUUACAUAUGUGAUUAUGGCUAAUUCAAAGGGACCUGGAAUGUAUAUAUACUUUUGCUAAUGUUCCAGCUACACUGCUGUAUUACCUAAAUUUUUAUUGUAAAAAUCCUCUCUCAGCAAUUAGGUGAUCAACAGAUUUUUGGGGUAUUAACAUGCUUCUAUUGUUAAAACUGAUAUCCAGUGCAAGUCUGGGACGAGCUUUAUCUAAGAUUGCUGGAAGGUUUCCUUUCAGAAAACUCCAGAAAAUGCACUUUCUUGCCAUUCUACAGUGGCACUUAGCAUCCUUUGUACCACCAAUAUCCCUGUGGAGCCACUGGCUUAGGGUAUCAGCAGCAGUCAAAAAGCAAAAAUAUUUAUUUUUUGCAUCAUUAUGGAAAAAAAAAAUAACAAGGUGAUUUACACAUAAUUUAAAGUAACUCUAUAACCCUACCUAAUCCAAGAGCAUUGGAUCUUAGCUUUUAUACAAUAUUUGGUGAUUCUUUUCUGUAAAUAUGGCAUUAGCAGCUGUGGAAUCCAAUAGAGGAGUAAAAAUUAUAUAUAUUAAUAAAGGAAACCUGUAGCAGUCAAAAGAUUUUACUGAAAACAAAAAAAAAAAACAAAUUAAGGUUUGGGGGGGUUGUUUUCCUUUCUGUAAUUCUGCAUUAAGUUCCAAUGAAUCAUGAUUCUAGAAUCUGGAAUAUAAAGAUGUUAUAUUCACAAGCUGGGAAUACUGUUAAGAAUAAGCACUAUACUAUAGGUAUGAAAUUUAUUGCCUCCCUUUUCUUACGUUGGAUUUCUUUUUUAUUAUGAAAUUGAUAAAACUUUGUUUCCAUUGUAUUCAUAAUGUUCUGUUAUACAUAACAUUAAAAUGUUCAUUAAAAUCAA